CAAAAAAACCUUAUCAACAAAGAAGCCAAACGAGUUGAUUUGGCGGUUGUUUUGUUUUGAUCGUUUUGUUUUACCACAGUUUCUCAUUCUCAUUCGAUGUUAAUUAAUAAAAUCUAUCAAAGAAAUCUCUGCAGAAAUGUUUUAAUCUUAUUAAUUUUGGAUUGGCUUGUUCAUUGAUCACACAUUUAUCACCAAUAUGAAUUUCCUGGCUCAAGUGAUGGCCACGGCAGGCGAAGCCGAAAUGCUCGAUUUAAAGAGUAGAAUCGUUGACACUGAGAAGAAAGUAUCAUCGUUGGAUACCGAAGUGAAGAAAUAUUUGGAAAGUAACUAUGCCAGAUUCGCAGUACUUUUACAAGAGAAUCACUUGAUGAUCAAAGCUAAAGAUUUAAUAUCCGAAGUCGAUAAUCUAAAGACUCGCAUUACUUCUCAAGUUAAAAAAGAACUCAACGAAUCAGCCGAAGAAGUAAAUACUCUGACUACUAAAUUGAAAGAAACUGACACGUGUCUAUCGAUCGUUAAACAACUUCUGGAUAUCGACGAUAUGAUCAAAAGUGUCGAAGAAAACCAGAACAACAAUGGUUAUUUGGAAGCUGCGAAAAAGUUCAAAGCUUUGAAUGAUCUUUUACUGACGAACGAGCUUGUACAGAAUCUAGCCGUGUAUAAAUCUCUGAUUAAUUACGUAACAUCACUCCAAGAUAAAUUUCUCAACGAUAGUCUACAAGUUUGGAAUAAUUUCAUCACGUGGGAUGAAAUCGAGCUGAGUGAAACUUCUAAAAAGCUCACCCUCACGAUUAACAAUCACGAUAGCAAAUCCGACGUUAUUCUGGUACUUCUAUACUACGAUUACUUGGAUUAUGAAAUGAAGCUGUUGAGUAAAAAGUUAUUCGAGAACUUAUUCGAACCAGUCAUCAAAUAUAAAACUAAUCUGAAGAUUAAUUUGAACGAAGGCAUAUCUAGUAUAUCAUUGGAAUACAAAGAGCAACUUUUGGUCAAAAGCGAGUCUUUCAAUUGCGUCGAAAUUGUCAAUAAAUUGAUGGAAAUAUUUGACGUGUUGUUUACGUCACUUGAUGUAUUCAUUGACGAAGAUGAAACAUUUGUUAAUAAAUUAGGCGAACUGUUGGAGACAGAUUUCUGCGUCUGUUUCAUUGAAAACUGUCUCUACGAAGCUAUUCCAACCAAGAAAGAAGAUCUUAGUUCGUUUAAUGAAAUUAGCGAUAAAGUAACGGAGUUCAAUCAAUUUUUGAAAGACAAUGGUUUCAUAAAACCAUCCAAUGAUUCUAUGGUGGAAUACGUGAAAAACGUCGAUAAUUUAUUCAUCGCCAAAACUUGUCAAGCUUAUUUACUCGCAGCUCGUAAAAUCUUCGAUAAGAAUUUACACGAUAUGGUUCAAGUUACAAACGUACAAACAAAUGAAGGAAAUCCUAAUGAUUCGGAUUUAAUGCUCUGUGAGAAUAUAUUGCAACGGCCUUCUUGUUACAUUAGUCAAUCUGUCAAAGAGUUGAUGCAAUUGAUUCGAAAUGGAUUGAAUGAGAUUCAGAAGAAUGAUAAUAACAGCGGUGUUGAGCUAUUUUACACAGUUCGUAAUAUCGUCAGCUUAUACUGUGAUUUGAUGCCUCUGAAGCAUAGCACUCUAUUGAAGUCAAUUCCACAACAAGCCGCGUUAUUCUACAACAACUGCAUGUACCUAGCUCAUGAAUUGGCUUUGCUGGGUAUUGAAUGCACGGCGUUGUUGCAACAAGAAGUAGUAUUCACGUUUGUUGACUUCAUUGAACCCUUGAGGUCUUUGGGAAAUAAUGUUUUCAAUUCGCAAAUCGAGGGGCAGAAGGAACAGCUGUUGGAAAUACUCGAAAGCUCUGGUGUAUCAAGAUUAGCCGAAUAUACAGAAUUUCCAUCAUCGAUAGAGAAAUCGUUGAGUCAAUGUUUAAGGCAAUUGAAUCUUUUGCAAAGCGUUUGGCAAAAUAUUCUUCCAGUGAAUGUUUAUUGUAAAACAAUUGGUAUGCUGUGUAAUUGUGUCAUCGAGAAAUUAAUUGACAGCGUUUUGGCUUUAAUUGAUAUCUCAAUGGAUACUGCGAACCAGCUAACAAACGUGUUUACGACUAUAUUGAAUAAAAUGCCAGCUCUUUUCCCAGAUUCUAAAGAAGUAUACCGCCAUGUCAAACGAUGGUCCAAGUUCAGUGAAUUGUUCAAAGUCUUGAACGGAGGCUUGAAAGAUAUCGACGACAGAUGGGCAGACGGUAAAGGUCCACUAGCUCAAGAAUUUACCGCAGACCAAGUAAAGCAUCUGAUUAGAGCGCUGUUUCAAGCUACAGACCGACGAAGCGCGUUAUUGUCUAGAAUUAAAUAGGUUAAGCAGCAUUUCUUUUUCUCAUUGUCUUGGGAUUUUUUAACGCUGCCGCCGUCAUGUCGGCUUAGUAAUUUCAAUCAUCUUAUUCAUCUUUAUGGAGCAAGAAAUUCAAAUCUGUAAUAAAUGUGUGAUUUUUGUAUUCGUGAGUAUAAACUCAUAAACCAAAAUAGAAUGUAUUUCUUUAAAAUUUGUAUCGUUAUGAGCUUAUGAUACGAUCUGUGUGUAUAUUUAUUAAAAUAAACUGUGAUAUUAAUUCAA